GAGCUACGACAAAGUAAUAAUCGAUUAGCAGAGGAGCUCAGCACAGUGGAGAGGUUGAGGAUGGACAACCAGCUUUUACGGCAAGAACUUGGCACUGGUGAUAGACUUCAUCAUGGUGGUCGGUCGGGUUCACAUAAGGAUAAGGCUACUCUUAGCCAGCUUCCUCUUUUUCUCUGUCUAUGGACAAACCUCCGGACCAUAUUUCACGGUGACAUUUCCUGCAGUAAUAGAGUCUGGCUCUGAUGCUAAGUUCUGUGUGAAUCUUUUGAAGCCCAAUGAGACUCUGCAACUGAACAUUUAUCUGGUUCACAACAACCAGAAUAGAACUCUUUUACAAGAGACAGUGGAAACGGAGAUUCACCACUGCUCUCAUUUUGAGGCUCCACAGGUUGAAGGUGAAUCAGUGCAGGAGAUCAAAGUAGAAGUCAAAGGUGAACAUUUUAAGAUAACAGAGAAAAGGAAAGUGAUGUUUAAAUCCUACAACACAUUGGUAUUUAUUCAGACUGAUAAGCCAAUCUACAAUCCAGGCCAAACAGUGAAUUUCAGAAUUGUCACUUUGGAUUCUAAUUUUAUCCCACUUGAGCAAAAGUACAGCACAGUGAGUCUUCAGGAUAAUAAUCAGAACAGGAUUGGUCAGUGGACGAACGUGUCCUCCACAGGUCUGAUACUGCAGCUUUCUCAUGAGCUAAAUGCUGAGGCACCACAAGGACGUUAUCGGUUAAUUGCUGACACUGGAAAAAGGACGAUAACACACAAUUUUAAGGUGGAAAAGUAUGUUUUACCCAAGUUUGAGGUUACAGUAAAGGCACCAGACCAACACAGUGUCGAUGAAGAGGAACUGAAGAUAGAAGUUUGUGGAAAGUACACAUAUGGACAACCAGUGCCUGGUCAAGCAGUGGCGCAAGUGUGCCGGAAAUUUAGGCAGAGUUUUUAUGCGGGACCGUUGAUUACACCCUGUCUGAGUGAAACUGUUGAGAUAAGUCAGACUGGCUGUGCAUUUCUUAUAAUCAAUGCAUCAAUCUUCCUGACUACUGAAUUUGAACAGAAGCUUGAAGAUCAACUUCAUGUUACUGUUACACUCAAAGAGGAAGGAACAGAUAUUUCCUUGGAGAAAUCUGAAAGGAUAAGACUUUCUUUCCAAAUCGGUAAAGUGGAAAUCCUUGAUACACCAAAAAAUUUUGAACGGGGAAAAUUUAUAGAAGGAAGAAUUAAAGUUACUACCUUCAGUGGAACACCAAUUCCUAACAAGAAGGUGUACCUUUCAGAACGUGAACGGUGGGAUCAAAAGUUACUACUUAAUCUCACUACAGGUAGUAAUGGAUUGGUAAACUUCUCAGUCACUUCACCUGAACCUCCUACAACAGAGAUAACAUUGAGGGCAAGUGUCUAUCCUCAGCAAACAUACCCUGCAUACAAAACCCCAUUCUUUUCGACUGAUGAUAAACGUAUACAGCUGCUCCAACCUGCCACACCUUACAGUCCUGUGUUCAGUGAACUGUCAAUAGAGAGCUCAGAGGAACCAUUCAAGUGUGAUGCUGAAAUUCCCAUAACCGUUAAUUACUAUAUUGUCGGGGAAACUACUGAAAAUUACAGCAUUGACCUUAUAUACCUGGUCUUAUCUAAAGGAGCCAUAGUCCAUCAUGGGCAUGAGAAAGUUGAAGUGAAAGACUCUACAGAUGUCAGAAAAGGCAAAAUCUCAUUCAAACUAUCUGUUGUUGCUGAGCUGGCUCCUCAAGUGCAGAUUCUGGCAUACUCUGUCCUGCCCAGUGAGAACGUCAUUGCUGCUAGCAAGAAUUUUGGCGUGGAAAAAUGUUUCAGAAAUAAGGUUUCGCUACAGUUCUCUCCCUCUAAAGCAGUUCCCAGUGAGAAGAACACUGUUGAGCUCACAGCUCAUCCUGGUUCACUGUGUGGUCUCAGUGUGGUGGAUCAGAGUGUGUUCAUCUUGGAGUCUGGAGAACGCCUAAAUUCUGACAAGGUAUUUCGAUUGCUACCAGUGACAUCUGGAUCAUAUCCCAAUGAUGUUGAAGAUGAUCUGGAGUGCUUACAUGUUAGACCCCGACGGGCUGUACAGAUUGACCAGACUUACAAAACAUUAAAGAAAGUGGGGCUGAAGAUGGCAACAAAUUUGGCUCUUAGACAACCUGACUGUUUGCUGUACAGAGGCAUCCAGUAUCGACGAGAAUCAGUCUUUUAUCAAAGUAGGUACAGGUUGGGUGAAGCAGGCCCAGUAGCGUAUGCAUUUUCAUCAGGCACUGAAGCACCUAUUGAGACAAUUCGCAAAUUCUUUCCAGAAACUUGGAUAUGGCAACUUCUUGAAGUUGGGCACUCUGGAUCAGCACAUCUUCCUGUCACUGUUCCUGACACCAUCACCACUUGGGAGACAGAGGCUUUCUGUGUUUCCUCUGUGGGUCUGGGACUGGCUCCUCCUGUUCAGCUCACAGUAUUUCAGCCCUUCUUCCUGGAGCUCUCAUUGCCCUACUCCAUUAUCCGGGGAGAGAUUUUUGAGCUGAAGGCCACUGUCUUCAAUUAUCUUUCCAAAUGCAUUAAGGUUAAAGUGACUCCGGCCCCCUCCUCAGACUACACUCUGAAGCCCUCUUCUGAUGGCGAGUAUUCAUCCUGCCUGUGUGCAAAUGGCAGAAAGACCUUCAAAUGGACUCUGAUUCCCACUGUGCUUGGAGUCUUGAAUGUGACGGUGAGUGCAGAGGCAGAACAAUCCCAGACUGUGUGUGACAAUGAAAUUGCGAGUGUCCCAGAGAGAGGCCGUAUUGACACAGUUACACGGAGUCUGAUUGUACAGGCUGAAGGAACUGAAAAGACAAAGAGCCAAAGCUGGUUAUUAUGUCCACAAGGCAACAGUGUUUCAGAGGAGUUGGCUCUGACUCUUCCUGAGGAUGUAAUAGUGGGAUCAGCACGAGCUUCUGUUUCAGUGCUCGGAGAUAUACUUGGCCGUGCAUUAAAAAAUCUGGAUGGACUGUUAAGGAUGCCAUAUGGCUGUGGAGAACAAAACAUUGCUCUCCUUGCCCCCAAUAUCUAUAUUCUUCAGUAUCUUGAGAACACUGAGCAGCUCACCACAGCCAUCCGUGAGAGGGCUACUGGCUUCCUUAAGAGUGGAUACCAGAGGCAGCUAAACUAUAAACAUAUAAAUGGUGCAUAUAGCACAUUUGGCAGGGGAGAGGGGAACACGUGGUUAACUGCUUUUGUCUUGAGGACUUUUGGCAAAGCACAACGUUACAUCUUUAUUGAUCCAGAAAUCAUUAAAUACGCCAAGAAAUGGCUCAUAAACCUGCAGAGAUCAGAUGGCUGUUUUAUACAACAAGGAAGUUUGUUCAAUAACAGAAUAAAGGGUGGUGUAAAUGAUGAUGUGACCAUUACUGCCUACAUCACUGCAUCAUUUCUUGAACUUGGAAAUACAGUCCAGGACCCUACUGUGAAUAAAAGUCUGUUGUGCCUAAAGUCUUCUAUUGGUAACCUGACAAACACCUACACCACUGCACUGUUGGCCUACACUUUCAGUCUUGCUGGAGAGAAGGAAACUAGAGAGCAGCUACUAAAAGAAUUGGAUAGUGUUGCUAUUACAGGAGAUGGUCGGCUUCACUGGUCUCAGUCAGCAUCAGAUGACUCCGGCGCAUUGUCAGUGGAAAUCAGUUCCUAUGUGCUGCUAGCUAUUCUAACUACAGGACAACUCACUACUGCUGAUUUGGGUUAUGCUAAUAGGAUAGUCAGCUGGCUGGUGAAGCAGCAAAAUCCCUAUGGAGGCUUUUCCUCCACCCAGGACACAGUUGUGGCCCUCCAAGCUCUGGCGCUGUACUCCACUAAAGUGUUCAGCUCAGAUGGCUCUAGUACAGUAACUGUAAAGUCAGCAGAUGGAGACAGUCACAACUUUGAUGUGAACCAGAACAACAAGUUACUGUACCAAGAAAGAUCAUUGCAGAAUGUUCCUGGAAAAUACAGCAUUGAUGUGAAGGGCUCAACCUGUGUGUCAGUGCAGACAGCACUUUUCUACAAUGUCCCUACACCGACUAAAACUAGCACAUUGAACAUCACGGCAAAGACUGUGGAAAACUGCACAAAAUCAUCUGCAAGAACUUUGGCUAUCAACUUCUCUGUCCUAUAUACUGGGGCACUAGAGACCACCAAUAUGAUCAUAGUGGACAUAAAGCUCUUAUCAGGAUUCACAGCAGAUCCUGGUGAACUGAAAAACCAGAAGCCGGUGGCGCGAGUUGAUUCUAAAGAUGACCAUAUUAUCGUAUAUAUACAAUCGCUCUUGAGGAAUAGUCCUACUUUCUAUACACUACACGUUAAACAAGUGCUUCCCGUCAAGAAUCUCAAGCCAGCAGUGAUCAAAGUUUAUGAUUACUAUCAAACAAGUGACCAGUCUGAGACGGAGUACACCUCCACAUGUGUUUAAGCUUCCAGAUCUGCAUUAAAAACAGAAACGUUUUGGAUA